CCGCCGCAUCCAACAAUCCCCGAGUCCUUAUAUAAAAUUUCCGCCGCCUCCAGAAGAGCCGCGGCUUCCUUCAUCAAAAAAACCCGAAUCCGACCAUUCCGCAAUUUAUGGUAUCCAAAAACCCGAACCUGCCAGAGGGCUUGUACUUGGAUCCGGACGUAAACGGCAUGGCGUUGCCCGGACUCGGGCCGUUCGCCCCGGUCACUGCGACGGCGUCAACGACCUCGUCUUCGGCGGAGGAUCUCAGCAAGAAGAUUCGGAAGCCCUACACUAUUACCAAGUCCAGAGAGAGCUGGAGCGAACCGGAGCACGACAAGUUCCUCGAAGCCCUCCAGCUCUUCGAUCGCGAUUGGAAAAAGAUUGAAGCUUUCAUUGGGUCAAAGACAGUCAUACAGAUACGUAGUCAUGCACAGAAGUAUUUUCUGAAGGUUCAAAAGAAUGGGACAAGCGAGCAUCUACCUCCCCCUAGGCCAAAAAGGAAAGCUGCUCAUCCGUAUCCUCAAAAAGCUUCAAAAAAUGCUUUGGCACUUCCGCGGGUAUCCGGGUCAUGUCUAUCUUCAUCUGCUUUACUUGAAUCUGGGUUUAAUCAAAGGCCAGAUUCAUCAUCAAUGCUUAUGAGUCCCAUCCCUGGCCCUGUAGCCCCUUCUUGGACUAAUGGUUCUGUGCAAUCAGCCAAUCCAUCUCAUGAGUCCAAAGGUGUGUCGGGGCCAGCAACUGUGCAGAACAACAGUUGCAGCACCACAGAAAGCACCCCUAAAGCUCAACCAGUUGGUGGAACAACUGAUCAAGUGAACCAUAGCCAUGCAUUGAGAGUUCUUCCCGACUUUACUCAAGUAUACGGAUUCAUUGGCAGUGUCUUUGACCCCAAUGUUACAGGUCAUAUGCAGAAUCUGAAGAAGAUGGAUCCGAUAGAUGUUGAAACGGUAUUACUGUUGAUGCGAAACCUGUCCAUGAAUUUGACCAAUCCUGAUUUCGAGGAUCAUAGACAGUUGCUUUCAUCCUACAAGAUGGAUGCAGAUACAGGGAAUCUCAGUGAUGCAACUAAAGGCCGUUGUGACAAUCAACAUGAGAAAGUUGCUUAAGUGGUAGUUCUGGAACUUGGAAGCUUUCUUCUCAUCCCGUUGGCAGUGCUUGAAUUUCAAAUCUGAUCUUUGCCCAACUGGUUUUGGCAUCCAGCAGAUGAAACGGCAACUAUUAGAAAGUGUCAGGAUUUCAUCUAGGUACUGACUCGUCGUGAUACUGCGUUGUAAGUGUUGUGAGCUCGUCGACCACAUAACAUGUCACUUGAUAUGGCAUUUUGCUGUGGUUGUAUACAUCAAGAUACAAGUAAUGGGUUUCGGUAGUUAGUUCAAGUUAGGUGAAUGGUAUUUUGUACAUCCUGUUGUAUUCAAGUUUUCGUUGUAGAUUAUGCGAUGUUGGCGCAGUAUUUGCACGCCUGUUUGAAUUCCUCUUGAAAUUGGAUACGUCCGAAUUGCUGUAUGCUAUAA